AGGACGAGCCAAUGGCAGGGCUGCUUCCCCCCACACACACACACCCUGGGGGACCUGCUGCGCCUCCCACGUGCUCCCUGCCUGCCCAGGAAGGGAAGACCCCUCAGAACCAUGGGCCCUUCCCUGGCCGCCCUGUUGUGCCUCAGAUUCUGCGUGGUGCAGGCGUUGGAGACCUUCCACGACAUGCCUCCGCCCGUGUUCGAGGCGGAGCCCAAGUACCCGGUGCCGCUGGGGCAGCCCCUGAAGCUGCACUGCACGGGGCCGCAGGAUGCCGUGAGCUACCGUGUCUACAAGGAGGCCGUCGAGGAGCCCCUGAACUUCAGUGAGUCCAGCUGGGAAAGCAAGAGCUCCGUGUUCCACUACCCCAAAGCCGACCUGCUGCACGCCGGCCGCUUCCGCUGUGGCUACGAGUUCCACUCCUUCUGGUCCAAGCUCAGUAAGCCCCUGGACGUGAACGUGUCCGGCCUUUAUGAAAAACCCCUACUGUGGGCAGUUCCUGGCCACUCGGUGCCCCCGGGCGGCAAUGUCACCAUUCACUGUAACUCCAGCGUGGGCUUGGACAACUUUGUCCUGUACCAUGGCAAACUAGAAUAUGAAUUCAAGGUCAUUAUGGCCCAGAGCAUCAAAAAGAAUGAGGCUGUCGUCAUUCUGUACAACAAAACGGAGGAUAUGAACGGGAGAUACAGAUGCUAUGGCUACAUGAGUGGUGAACCUCAUCAUUGGUCAACUGCCAGUGACGUCCUGUUGCUAAGUGGUGGUCUUUCUUCUAGGUGGUGUAUCAUAAUUCAUCUUAUCCAUGUGGUCCUGGCCUUGGCUAUACCCUGGGAGUCUUGCUGACCUAGUCCUAGCAUGACCAGAAUGGGUGCAGAGUUGAAGCCAGGAGACCCAAAUCUGAGCACCUGGAGGAAGACAGACAAGGGUUCCAAGAUCCCUCCUUCCCAAGUCCAGCUUGGGAUAACCCCAUGUGAAACCAACAAUAAAGAGCC